GCCUAGCUAGCACCCUGCUCGUGCAUUCCCAUUGUCUCCACGUUCCCUUUGUGCAGAGCGCAGCUCUCUGAGCUCUGGGCAUUGGGGGCUGGGGCUUCUCGAAGGCUUAAAGCUAGGUGGCCGUGACCCAGAAAGAAGCACACUGCUCUCGUACACACGAGGCUGCAAUAGCUGCGUUAGCCACGGUAGAAGCGCUGCGCUCAUCACAAAUGGCCGGCGGCUCCGCCUGCUCAGGCUCUCCGGCUCCCUUAUCGACCAGCUUUGCUCGGCUCGCUUCUCUCCUUUCUGCGGCGUCCAUCUUCGUUGCCGCGGAGGCCGGGGCGGCGCACAAGGUGGUCGACCCUCAGUGGCAUCAGGCCACCGCGACCUGGUACGGCAGCGCCGACGGCGACGGCAGCGAUGGCGGCGCGUGUGGGUACGGGACGCUGGUGGACGUGGCGCCGAUGAAGGCCCGCGUGGGCGCGGUGAGCCCGGUGCUGUUCAAGGGCGGCGAGGGCUGCGGCGCGUGUUACAAGGUCAGGUGCCUCGACGCCGGCAUCUGCUCGCGCCGCGCCGUCACCGUCAUCGUCACCGACGAGUGCCCCGGCGGCUACUGCUCCUCGGGCCGCACGCACUUCGACCUCAGCGGCGCCGCCUUCGGCAGGCUCGCCGUCGCCGGUCACGGCGGGCAGCUGCGCAACCGAGGAGAGAUCUCGGUGGUGUUCCGCAGGACGCCGUGCAAGUACCGGGGGAAGAACAUCGCCUUCCGCGUGGUCGAGGGAUCGACGAGCUUCUGGCUCUCGCUUCUGGUGGAGUUCGAGGACGGCGACGGCGACAUUGGAUCCAUGCAGCUAAAGCAGGCAAAGUCGGCACAGUGGCAAGACAUGAAGCACAUCUGGGGUGCCACCUGGAGCCUCACGCCAGGCCCACUCAUUGGACCAUUUUCUGUUAGGUUGACAACCCUGACUACCAAGAAGACCCUCUCCGCUCAGGACGUCAUCCCAAGGAAUUGGACUCCCAAGGCUACCUAUACGUCUCGCCUCAACUUCAUAUAAAAAUGACGGGUGUAUGUGUAACAUGUUGGCCUUGCAUCAGUGGAGUCCCACGGUCUUGUUCAAUUUGUCUGUGGUUGUGUGUAGUUAAUUCGUUACUAUGAGAUAGAGGUGUUUGGGUUAGAAUGUGUACCCUAAACCCUAGUAGGAAGCCCUCUCCGAACUGGAGAGAGAGCGUGAUGAGUCAGCAUUCACUCCGUGGUGAUGUUGUUGCAGUAUUGCCUAUGUCUAUUAGAUCAUGUACGUUUCUAUACUCAUCAAUCCAUUUUGUCUGUAUCAUUACAUUGCGCCCUCUUCACUGUUGGGUUUGUUCAAAGCCAACAUUGAUAGUGCCGUAUCUCGCACAGGCAUCUA